GGAAAAAAGCUGGUUUGAUUGCAACCUUGAAGUCUUAGGCAUCUGUUCUUUCUCCUUCAAGGGAAAAAAGAACAUCUUAAAAUGCUGGUUUGUAACCCUGGUCUUGGAAAGCAAAGGAGAAGCUGGAGAAUAGUGUGUGCUGGAGAUGAGGCCGAGAUAAGUGAAGCCAUGUUGUGUGCAGGCUAGAAGCUCUGAGACUAUCUCUCCCUUACUUAAUACAUGGCUUGUCUGAGCUAAAAUGGCUGCUCUGUCUCUCCCUCUCCCCCUCUACCUCUCUCCCUCCUAAAGCUCAUAGGACUAGGACAGCUUAGUGAGUCUUAAAGCGUCAGUGACGCAGGAGCUCAUAUCUCUUGAAAGUGUGAUAAACACAUUCAGAGAGCUGUGGCUUGUUUGACUUAGAUGAAAAGACUACGCUGGGGGAGGAAGUUUAAGAAGAUGGACAGUGAGAAGAUCCGUUUCAUUAUUCUCUCUCCUGCUUUUUCCUCUGGAGCAUUCUGAAUUCAAGAGUCGUCUGCUGCACCAUGGCAAAAGGGGUGGGGGGGAGAGAGAAAGAGAUUGUUUUCAGGUCUAAUGGACUGUGCAAAAGGAGACUUAUGGGGUGGGGCCUCUGUGUUCACUGCUGUAAUUUGAUCCAGAGCAGAUAGCAACCUCUUCCACACAGUCUGGUCUGGUGCUUGCACAUAAAAGAUUUUGAGUCUCCUGAUUCUUGUUAACAUUGUUAGCUGAAAAGAAGGUUGGGCCAGCUUUUAGUCUUUCAGUGCAAAGAGGAAGGUGAAAUGGGGCACCAAGAUAUAUUGCAGUGGAUGUGCGUUUCUGCUCAGUAUGCCCACAUUUUUAAAGCCAUGGCACUGAGAGGAAUUUUCUUCUGAUGCAGGAUCCUGGCAUCACUGCUUUUUCUUUGUAAUACGGAUGGGAGACCGUUCAGCUUUGAACAUUUGAUAAACAUAACCUCAUAUUUACAUGACAAUGAGAAGAUGGGAUUUUCCUCAAAGCUUAUUUGGGCUGCUGUUCCAUCUCUUGGUCUGGUGGAGCUCCUAGACUAAAUACGACCUGAAUUGUGUGAGGAGACUUUAAAAUAAGCAGCUCAUUAAGGUUUUCCUAAUGUAAAGCUUAGCAACAAAGAUCAUGGAGGUGCUGCAGUGUGACGGCUGUGAUUUUCGAGCACCUUCCUAUGAAGAUCUUAAAGCUCACAUCCAGGAUGUUCAUACUGCAUUUCUACAGCCCACAGAUGUUGCUGAAGAAACUCCUAGCCCAUCCAGAUUCGGUUCCAUGAACAGUGACCAGGCUGAGGUGGAGUAUUCUUUGGUAAAAGAUGAAUUUGCAGUGGCAGAUGGGAUGGCAGGGCAAAAUGCAGUUCAGCUGGGGACUGGCAAUUACUAUAGCCAUAGCCAGGGUUAUUAUGGCCAACAUAUGCUCUCCAAAUCAGCAAGCAAGUUUUUCCAGUGUAAAUACUGUGUGCGUUAUUUCCGAUCCAAAAACCUUCUCAUAGAACAUACCCGGAAAGUCCAUGGUGCUCAAACUGGAAGCUCUCCAACUGGAUCCUCAAGUGCUGGUUCCUUAAACUACAACAUCAUGAUGCACGAGGGCUUUGGGAAGGUAUUUUCGUGCCAGUUCUGCACUUACAAAUCUCCAAGACGUGCACGGAUUAUAAAACAUCAGAAGAUGUACCACAAAAACAGCCUGAAGGAGAGUUCGACCCCUCCUGCUUCUUCGGCUGCUAUAUCUGAAUCAGCUUCUGCUUCUGUCUCAAUGCAAGAUUCAUGCAAGGAGCUUCCGGCUGAAGUUGUUGAGCGUAGUAUUUUGGAGUCUAUGGUCAAGCCUUUAACCAAAUCAAGAGGCAAUUUCUGCUGUGAAUGGUGUAGCUACCAGACACCCCGAAGGGAACGUUGGUGUGAUCAUAUGAUGAAGAAGCACCGAAGCAUGGUGAAAAUACUGUCAAACCUGAGGCAACAGGAUGGGACCAAUAUGUCAGAUGUUGUAAACAAGAAUCCCCCAAGCCCUCCCCCAAACUCUAACUAUAUACCCAUGAAUGCUUCUGGGCGAGAGAUGCCUAACGCAACUGUCCCAAACUACAGGAGUUCGGUAAACAAUUCUCUCAUCAGGUCCAACACCUCUUCAAAAUUUUCCUCUGCUUCCUACCCUCAGAUGAAACAUAAGACUCCUCACAACUCAGGCAUUGUUAAUUUGUCUGACAGAUCUCGUUACGGAGUUGGUGACAUGGCAAAUUCUACUGACCUGGAUACCAACAGUAUGCUGAAUGACUCCAGUUCGGAUGAUGAGCUCAAUGAACUAGACAGCGAGAAUGGGUUGAACUCUAUGGAUCACCAAAGCUCGGGACUCACUGCUGAGCAGCUGAUGGGAUCUGAGGGCCACAAGUUACUGGAAACCAAGGGGAUCCCCUUUAGAAGAUUUAUGAAUAGGUUCCAGUGUCCUUUCUGUCCUUUCCUCACCAUGCAUCGGCGAAGCAUUUCUCGCCACAUUGAAAACAUCCAUCUCUCUGGAAAGACGGCAGUCUACAAGUGUGAUGAAUGUCCUUUCACCUGCAAGAGCUCUUUUAAACUUGGUGCUCAUAAGCAGUGUCAUACUGGUGCAGCAUCCGACUGGGAUGCCGUGAACUCCCAAACUGAAAGUAUAGCUUCUUCUUUAAAUGAAAGUACAGUAUCCUAUGAAGGGGGAAAUAUAAACGGCAGGAAGUCCGGGGGGAUCAUGGAUUCCAUGCAGCAGCAGCAACAAUCUCCGCAGUCCAAUUCGCAGCAUCCGUAUAAAUGCACCAUGUGCAAUUAUUCUACAACGACUUUGAAAGGUCUCCGGGUUCAUCAGCAGCACAAGCACUCGUUUUGCGAUAACUUGCCAAAAUACGAGAGCCCAUCAGCAAAUGCCCUGCAAGACAGUGAGCCCGAUGCUCAUGCUUCUCCCAGCACUGUGAAGAAAAGCCAGACCUCAAUUCUUGGACUGUCUUCUAAAAACAACUUUGUAGCAAAAGCCUCUAGAAAGAUGUCCAAUGACUUUCCUCUAGAUCUGUCCCCGGUGAAGAAAAGAACCAGAAUUGACGAGAUUGCCAGUAAUUUGCAAAGCAAAAUCAAUCAGAACAAGCAGCAAGAAGAUGCAGUCAUUAAUGUAGAGGAUGAUGAAGAGGAAGAGGAUGACAAUGAAGUGGAAAUAGAAGUAGAACUGGACAAGGAAGAAGAACAAACAGAACCACUGCUGGAAAUAGCGGCAUUUGCUUCCCAGCAAAUAUGGGGAAGAGACACAGGAGAUCCUCAGAAAGAGCCCAGCUACAGGAAUAUCCCCCAUGAUUACAGCUCCACGAAUGGGGCAGAAAUUGAGCUAACUAUAUCUGAGGAUGAGGAAGAAUAUUAUUGUUCUUCGGUGGGUUUGAAGGAUCCAGGACUGAAUUCAUCUAUUCUGGGCAGCCAGGCAAGCCUAUAUGGAUCUGAUCAGAACAAUGAGAAUUCAGAUUUUGGUGAUUCUGGAAGGCUUUACUAUUGUAAACACUGUGAUUUCAGCAACAAAUCUGCCAGGAGUGUUAGCACUCAUUACCAACGGAUGCAUCCCUACAUUAAGUUCAGCUUUAGGUAUAUCCUUGAUCCCAACGACCACAGUGCAGUGUAUAGGUGUCUUGAAUGUUACAUUGAUUAUACAAACUUUGAAGAUCUGCAACAGCAUUAUGGUGAGCAUCACCCAGAAGCCAUGAAUGUAUUAAAUUUUGACCACUCUGAUUUGAUCUAUCGCUGUCGCUUCUGCUCUUACACCAGCCCAAAUGUUAGGAGCCUCAUGCCGCACUACCAAAGAAUGCAUCCAACAGUUAAAAUUAACAAUGCAAUGAUAUUCUCAAGUUACGUAGUGGAGCAACAAGAAGGGUUAAGCUCAGAAUCACAAACGCUGAGAGAGAUACUGAACUCUGCUCCAAAAAACCUGACCACUUCAACCCCAGUUGCACGUGGGGCUUGUGGCAUAGCGGUGGCUUACAACAAAAGUUCUUCAAAGGACAAUAGCCCCGAAUCUGAAAGCCAAAAAGAGUCAGCAGUCAACAGUGUUGUAGUUUAUGACUGUGAUGUCUGCUCCUUUGCAAGUCCCAACAUGCAUUCUGUCUUGGUGCAUUAUCAGAAGAAACAUCCUGAAGAGAAGGCUUCGUAUUUUAGGAUUCAAAAAACGAUGCGUCUGGUAUCAGUAGAGAGGGGCUCUGCCCUGGCUCAGAUGGCUUAUGAACUAGGGUCACCUGGCUCUCCCAAAAUGUCACCGCUACCACCUCCGCCACCUCCGGACCUCACCACGGAGCUUUACUACUGCAAACAUUGUUCUUACAGCAAUCGGUCAGUGGUUGGGGUACUAGUACACUACCAGAAAAGGCACCCAGAGAUAAAAGUGACUGCCAAAUACAUUAGGCAGGCACCCCCAACUGCAGCAAUGAUGAGAGCUGGAGAGUUACCUCCUGGUGUUCAUAGACCUACAGUUUCUAUGCAGCAGCUGAAUAGGAACAGCUCUGAUGGUAUUGUAGCUCCAGCAGAGAACGAGAUGUUCUUCUGCCAGCACUGUGAUUAUGGAAACCGGACUGUAAAAGGGGUCCUUAUUCAUUACCAAAAGAAGCAUCGCGAUUUCAAAGCCAAUGCGGAUGUGAUUAGGCAGCACACUGCCACCAUCAGGAGCCUCUGUGACCGGGGUCAGAAAAAUUCCCCUGGUGGCUUACAAAUUCCUACUUCUGGUUCUGAGCAAGAAAGGGCUAAAUUGAGAGCUCUCAAAUGCAGGCAGUGCUCUUAUACAUCUCCUUAUUUCUAUGCACUGCGGAAGCACAUUAAAAAGGACCACCCAAGCUUGAAGGCCACUGUCACAUCUAUUUUGAGAUGGGCAUUUUUGGAUGGUUUAAUAGAAGCUGGAUAUCACUGUGAAUGGUGUAUCUAUUCCCACGCAGAACCCAGUGGCCUGCUUGUGCAUUACCAAAGGCGACAUCCUGAACAUUAUGUUGAUUAUACAUAUAUGGCAACAAAACUCUGGGCAGGGCCAGAUCCUUCACCUCCAGCCUUACUAAUACCAUCAGAAAUGAAAACCUAUAGAUGCAGAGAUUGUAUUUUUGAAGCUUCUUCCAUCUGGGAUAUCACUAAUCACUACCAAGCUUUUCAUCCUUGGGCUAUGAAUGGAGAUGAAUCAGUGUUACUAGAUAUUAUCAAGGAAAAAGAUGCUGUUGAUAAAAUGAACCCAGUAUCUGAUGGUCUUGGUGCCAGAAUAAUUUCAGAGGAUCAGUUAGCAUUACCACAAGGGGAUCUGGACACGGAAUAUGCAGAAGAGUCAACGCUUUCCCAAGAUAAAGCUCUCCAGCUCACCUCUGUGAACCCUGCAAUAUCUUCUACACCAUACCAGUGUACAGUGUGCCAGUCUGAAUAUAAUAAUUUGCAUGGACUUCUCACCCAUUAUGGAAAAAAACAUCCUGGGAUGAAAGUUAAAGCUGCAGAUUUUGCACAAGACAUUGAUAUUAAUCCGGGAGCGGUGUACAAAUGUAGGCAUUGUCCUUACAUUAACACACGCAUUCAUGGUGUUCUUACACAUUACCAGAAGAGACAUCCUUCAGUGAAGGUCACGGCAGAAGAUUUUGUGCAUGAUGUGGAGCAACCUGCUGAUAUGAGCCAGAACGACGUGGAGGAAACCAGCAGAAUUUUCAAGCAAGGGUAUGGUGCUUACAGGUGUAAAUUGUGCCCGUACACACAUGGCACUUUGGAGAAGCUCAAAAUUCAUUAUGAGAAAUACCAUAACCAGCCUGAAUUUGAUGUAUUUGCACAGUCUCCUCCGAAAUUCCCUGCCUCCAUGGAGCCCGAAGUUCUCGCUGAAAUUAAGCCCUCUCCUGAGAUGGCUCCAGAAGAUCUCCUUGGAGAUGAUUCACUACCAUCUUCCCACUUCUCCAGUUCCCAUUUGGUUUCUCAUACUGUAUUCCGUUGUCAGCUUUGUAAGUAUUUUUGCUCUACCCGGAAAGGGAUAGCAAGGCACUACCGAAUAAAACACAACAAUGUUCGGGCACAGCCAGAAGGCAAGAACAACCUGUUUAAAUGUGCCCUGUGUUCCUACACAAACCCUAUUCGUAAAGGUCUGGCUGCACAUUACCAGAAGCGGCAUGACAUCGAUGCUUACUACACGCAUUGCUUAGCAGCCUCAAGGACUAUAAGCGACAAACCCAACAAAGUGAUCAUUCCCUCGCCCCCCAAGGAGGACUCUCCUCAGCUAAGCGAGGAGCUGAGAAGGGCGGUGGAGAAGAAGAAAUGCUCCCUCUGCUCCUUCCAGUCCUUCAGCAAAAAAGGCAUAGUCUCUCACUACAUGAAACGCCAUCCUGGAGUAUUCCCCAAGAAACAGCAUGCCAGCAAGCUUGGGGGUUACUUCACGGCGGUGUACGCGGACGAGUAUGAAAAGCCGCAACCUCCCCCAGAAGAGAGGAAUGAUUUUGAGAAGCCUGAAUUGGAGGUGGAAGCUCCAGAGAUGGAGUGGCUUCCUUUCCGGUGCGUCAAGUGCUUUAAGCUCUCCUUCAGCACGGCCGAGCUGCUCUGCAUGCAUUACACUGACCACCACAGCAAGGACUUGAAGAGGGAUUUUACCAUCCUGGGAAGUGGGACCCGUUUCCAGUGCAAGCACUGUGACAGUAAGCUGCAUAGCCUGGCAGAGCUGACCACGCACUUGAAUGGCCACAAUGAGGAAUUCCAGAAACGUGCCAAACGCCAAGAGAGGAGGAAGCAGCUUCUGAGCAAGCAAAAAUAUGCGGAUGGUGCUUUUGUAGACUUCAAAGCAGAGAGGCCUUUUGGCAGCUUGGAAGAAGUUUCAAAAUUGAAAGAGAGAAAGGUGGUAGGAUACAAAUGUAAGUUCUGUGUCGAAGUUCACCCAACCCUUCGAGCCAUCUGCAAUCAUCUUCGUAAGCAUGUCCAGUACGGGAAUGGUUCCUCAGUGUCUACUGGAGUCAAGCAGGAAGCUGAAGAUCCUUCACAUGCAGCUUUCUUGGAGGGUGUUGAGGGAGCCAAAGACCAUAUGGCCACUAUGGAACUUGCAGAAGCUGAAUCUGGACCAUCACUGGAGGAUGAAACCAGACCUGGUGGCUACCAUUGCAGCCAGUGUGAUCGGGUUUUGAUGUCUAUGCAGGGUCUACGGUCGCACGAGAGGAGUCACUUGGCACUGGCCAUGUUUACUCGCGAAGACAAGUACAGCUGCCAGUACUGUUCCUUUGUUUCUGCAUUCAGGCACAACCCUUCAGAAGACUCAUGUCCACUCUUCUGGCAGAGUUUGGAUCGCCAUAUGCAAGCACACCACGGACAUCACAAACCAUUCCGCUGCAAACUCUGCCCUUUCAAGUCCUCCUACAAUAGCCGGCUGAAAACUCACCUACUCAAAGUCCAUGCUGGUGAACAUGCGUACAAAUGUUCCUCCUGUUCAUUUUCCGCCAUGACAAUCAGCCAGCUAAAAGAGCACUCCCUGAAAGUGCAUGGGAAGGCAUUGACACUACCAAGACCACGAAUUAUCAGCCUUGUAACCUCGCAUGCUCAACAUGCCUCCAAGAACCACACUACUGCCGAAGAAGUGGAAGACUCGAAUGAUGCUUACUCAUCAGUCUUGGGGAGCUGGGGGGAAUGUUGGAACCCCAUCUUGAUGCAUGUGCAGAGGGCCAGGCUUCCUUCCAAAAGUCUUUGCUGUAGAAGAAGAAUCACAGUUAGAGAUGGAUUGAGCCAACAUCCUGAGUAUCUGUCAGUAUGUUUUAUGUAUCUCCAAAUUACAAUCUAUUCUUCCUAUUCAGAACCUCCAGAUGUCCAGCAACAACUGAAUCACUAUCAGUCAGCAGCCUUGGCAAGGAACAAUAACAACAUUAGCCCCGUCUCACUUUCUGGAGGAGACCAGAAAGCUGAAGCCAUCCUUAACUGUGAAUUUUGUGAAUUCACUUCGGGUUACAUUCAAAGCAUUCGGCGUCAUUAUCGUGACAAACAUGGAGGGAAGAAGUUAUUCAAGUGCAAAGACUGUUCAUUUUACACCGGCUUUAAAUCUGCUUUUACUAUGCAUAUGGAAGCGGGGCAUUCAGCAGUUCCAGAGGAAGGACCCAAAGAUCUCCGUUGUCCUCUCUGUCUCUACCACACCAAAUAUAAACGGAAUAUGAUUGACCAUAUUGUCCUUCAUAGAGAAGAGCGAGUGGUUCCCAUAGAAGUUUGCCGUUCCAAGCUGUCCAAAUAUUUGCAGGGAGUCGUUUUCCGCUGUGACAAGUGCACCUUCACCUGUUCCAGCGACGAAAGUCUACAGCAACACAUAGAGAAGCACAAUGAGCUGAGACCUUACAAAUGCCAACUCUGCUACUACGAGACCAAGCACACGGACGAGCUCGAUGGUCACCUUCGCGAUGAGCAUAAGGUGAGUCGCAAUUUUGAGCUGGUUGGACGGGUUAACUUAGAUCAGUUGGAGCAAAUGAAAGGAAAAGAGGAGAGCUCCAGCAGUGAUGAGGAAGAAAAGGAUGAGGAGAUGAGCCCCAAGACAGAAGAGAGAGGGGAUGUGAGGUUUUCAGAAAACAGUCCUCCUGAAAAACGCUUCCCCUGUGAAUUUUGUGGCCGAACGUUUGCUGAAGGCUCUGAAUGGGAACGACAUGUACUGAGACAUGGCAUGGCAGUGAAUGAAACCAACCUGGUCAUCAGUGACGAAAGCCAGGCCAAAGAGAAUGCAGAAGAAACGGUUAAGGUACCAUUGGCAGAAGAAGUGGAAAGCAGCCCGAAGAGACUGGUGGACUUUUCCCACAAGAACGAAGCUGCCAUCUGUAUCAUUGCUGCUGCUACUGCUGCUGCUGAUAAUAAAUCACUCCCAGAGAUGGCAGAGGUCAAAAGUGAAUGAGCACCUGGUGUGAUUUCCGACAACCUACUUGAACAGUGAUGAAUGGGGAGGGGGCGGGCAGGGGGACAAGGAAGAAUCAAAGCUGCUUUUAGGACUGAAUGAUCUAUUUUCAAAGCACUGGUACCUGUGUGUGCGCGUGUGGUGGGUGGGUGUGCGCGUGUGUGCGUGUGUGUACAUAGAUUAAAUUUAUUUAAUUGAGGACGGUUGGAUACGUGGCUCCAUGACACCCGCACGACUCUUCUGGAUCUUGACAAUGGGAAGCUACGGUCAUAACUUUGGACUUGUGAGAAAUCAAAUUCCCAAGACACAUGUCGCAUUUUUGCCUUUGUGCUCCACCGCGGAGACUUCGGGAUCCUUCCGACGACAGAGGCGUCCCAAGGAUGGAAGAAUGCAGGGGACGACAAUGUUCCGUGUCCAACUUUGGGGCACUUUUUUUUUCUAAUUUUAAUAUACAUAUUACGCUUUUCCAGAGUGACAAAAAAAAAAACAAGGAAAAAAAAAGAAAGUUAAAAACUGCUUUUGCUUAAAACAGUCACCUGUUUCCUAGUACCUCAGAAUUAACCAAGGGAAAUUAAAAGAAAAACACACAAAACAAAUCUCUGCAUUUGUGAGUACUACCUGUUGUUAUUGUGGUUAAAUAUAUAUAUAGAAAGACAGACUGCUGGGCAAGAUGAUGAAUGGAAGAAAAAAAACCACAAAGUUUUAAAAGAAAAAAAACAAAAACAAAAUUGUGCUCAAAAAUCCCUGCGGGGGGUUUAUUUCUUAAAAUACUGUGAUUUUUUUAAUUAUUUUAGUAAAAAAACAAAACAAAAAAAGAGAGAAUUCCUUAGAUACCUGUCUGUGACUUGUCAUCUUUUAUUCCAGGUAAGCUGUUUGUUAAGCGUUCAGCUAUGAUUUUAGGGCGUUGGGUUGGUUGGUUGGGGUUUUCUUUUCUUUUUUAAGACUCAUGUGAUUGACUCUGUGCCGUUCUUGUUUGCCCCAUGUCUACGUCGGCUCAGCCUGAGGGAUUACAAUACAGCACAAUUAAUUUUUUUCCAUGUAAAGUAAUGUUAUUUCCCCCCAUUUCUCCUUUGCUCACCCAAUGAGACAGGGCUGGGACAGAGAAGUGGUUCCUGUGAAUAGAUCAUUAUUAUUAUUAUUUAGUUAUAAACAUGUGAAGAUAUCAAAGAAGUAACUUUUUUAAAGAAACUCAAAAACAAAAAAACCCUUUAACUAAAGAACCAAACUUACAGCACAGCUAUGCAGGUUGUGGGCCAGUCCAAGAGGUCCUCAGAUUCAUUCUGUUGCUCGUCCAGUUGAACAUCUUUCACUGAUUUAUUAUUUUGGUUACUUAAGAAAGGUUGCCUUUUUUUUAAUGUGGUGUGUCUUGUUUUGGUACAAGGAGGGUUGGAAGGAGGGAGUUGAUAACCACAUAGUUCUAAAGUUCAGGUAAUCCAGUUUUGCAAUAUUAGGAGCCUAGAGAUCUACAUUUUGUGGACCUCGAGGGAGAGAAAUCAUCACAUCACCUCGCAUUCUUCACAUGAGGGGGAACAGCAGAGCCUAAAUAGGAACAGAAGUUGUGUUUGAGUUCCAUUUUUCAUGUAAAAAUGUUGGGAUAUCUUGCAUGAACGUGAAGCAGAAGGUCCAGGCCCAGAAAGAAUGGUCUGAUAGUCAACAAACGGGGUUACUUUCCAAAAGUAGAAAGUACUUGAGUGAAAUCUAGUUUUAGAAAUGCAUGUGUCUCUUUGGGUUGCUUUUCUUUUUCUUUUUUUUUCUUUUUCCUUUUUUUUUUUUUUAAACUUUGAGGGAAGGGGAAGGGAUGGGAGACAGGAAGCUGCUGAGAAGCUGAUAUCCACACAAAAGUUCUCCUCAAAUGGAUGGCGUAAAAGAGGUGAAAAGAAAAAAAAAUACCAUUGCAUUUGUGGAGGAAGUGCUACUUGAAAAAAGCAUGAUGUUUUGAAUUUUGCAGAUUCUUAAGUUUGUGAGGGUGGGCUUUCAGUUUUGUUUAGUUUUUUUCCCCUUUUUUAAUUAUUUGGUGGGGAGGGAGAGUCAUGCGGCAAACAUAUUGGAAGGAGAAGUAUAAAUAAACAUUUUGUGUCUGAAUGUUUUCUUUUUAAUUGGCCUCAUAUCAAAUGUAUUUAAACAGUUCCAUACCUGGAUUGGAUGUUUGUAAUGGUUACCAAAAAUGAAAAAGAAAAAAAAAAGAAAUGAUUGUGACAUGCUUUUAUCACUACUUUAUUUUUCGAAUAACGUGUAAAUAUUGUAAUCCAUUGGAUUUUUUUUGUUUUUUUUUUUUUUGUUUUGUUUUGUUUUUUUUAAUUUUAUUUUUUUUUUGCUAACCUGUUAAUAAAUAUAUGGGACCAUUAUCCUUUUUAACAAGUCUAGAAUGUCAUAUUUUUUCUUGUGUUUUUUCCCCCUCCCAAAUGUAUCCCUUGAUAUAUUGUGGACACACAUUUUAGAUGCAUUAUUAUGAUUCUGUUGGCUGUAAUGAUGACCUAGGAUUGAGAAUAACAUCCUUUUUUUUAUUUGUUUAAUUUAUACAGAGGACUUUUUUCAGAGUUUGAGAGAAGGAAAUAAAUAGCAAAAUGAUAACCCACUGGCUUCAGAACUCAGUAUUUCCUAAUUAAAAUUAACUACUGCUCAGUGUUUGGUGGGUGAGGCGUGGAUGUUCUGAAAUGUUGCACUGAUAACUUUUUUAAGGCAAAAGAAAACGAAUAAAAAAUUUUCAAACA